AGCCCGCAGGCUUGAGAUUCAAACUGCUGCGCGGCCGGCUCGGGAUCGGCGUGGUUUCUGCCGCAGCCUUAGCUGCGUGCGGGCCAUGGAGCACCGCAUCGUGGGGCCCGGGCCUUACCGGGCCACCAAGCUGUGGAAUGAAACAGUGGAGCUUUUUCGUGCCAGGAUGCCAUUACGGAAACAUCGUUGUCGUUUUAAGAGUUAUGAACAUUGCUUCACAGCCACAGAAGCUGUGGAUUGGCUGCAUGAGUUGCUUAGGUGCAGUCAAAACUUUGGUCCUGAAGUGACUCGCAAACAAACAGUCCAGCUGCUAAAAAAGUUCCUGAAGAAUCAUGUUAUUGAAGACAUUAAGGGAAAAUGGGGUCAGGAAGAUUUUGAAGACAAUCGUCACUUAUACAGAUUUCCUCCUUCUUCACCCCUGAAGCCGUAUCCAAAGAAGCCCCUAUACCAAAAGAAUAUUAUUAAAUUUCCAGAAUGGAAUGAUCUCCCACCGGGCACCUCGAAGGAGAACAUCCCAGUGAGGCCAGUUGUGCUGAAUUCUGAGAUGUGGUUCAAGCGUCACAGUAUUGCUAUUGGAGAGGUGCCUGCUUGCCGUCUUGUCCACCGCAGACAGCUGACAGAGGCCAAUGUAGAAGAAAUAUGGAAGUCUAUGACAUUAUCAUAUUUACAGAAAAUCCUUGGCUUAGACUCCUUAGAAGAAGUUUUAGAUGUCAAAUUUGUCAACUCCAAGUUCAUCGUCCAUAACGUAUAUAGUGUUAGCAAGCAGGGAGUGGUUAUCCUUGAUGACAAGUCAAAAGAACUUCCUCAUUGGGUACUGUCAGCUAUGAAGUGUUUGGCAAAUUGGCCCAACUGUUCAGAUUUGAAGCAGCCUAUGUACUUGGGAUUUGAAAAAGAUGUAUUUAAAACUAUAGCAGAUUAUUAUGGUCACUUGAAAGAGCCACUGCUUACAUUUCAUCUUUUUGAUGCUUUUGUCAGUGUAUUAGGUUUGUUACAGAAAGAGAAAAUGGCAGUUGAAGCCUUUCAGAUUUGUUGCCUCCUCCUGCCUCCUGAAAACAGGAGAAAGCUGCAGCUGUUGAUGAGGAUGAUGGCGAGGAUCUGCUUAAACAAAGAGAUGCCGCCGCUGUGUGAAGGCCUUGGGACCCGGACACUGAUGGUUCAGACAUUUUCCCGUUGCAUCUUGUGUUCCAAGGAUGAAGUAGACUUGGAUGAGUUAUUGGCUGCUAGGUUGGUGACAUUUCUGAUGGACAAUUACCAAGAGAUUCUCAAAGUCCCUUUGGCCUUGCAGACUUCUAUAGAGGAGCGUGUGGCUCAUCUACGAAGAGUCCAGAUAAAAUACCCAGGUGCUGAUAUGGAUAUCACUUUACCUGCUCCUGCAUUUUGUCGUCAAAUUAGUCCUGAGGAAUUCGAAUACCAAAGAGCUUAUGGCUCUCAGGAGCCCCUGGCAGCUUUACUGGAGGAAGUCAUAGGUGAUGCCAAACUCUCCAGCAAAGAGAAGAAGAAGAAACUGAAGCAGUUUCAGAGAUCCUAUCCUGAAGUCUAUCAAGAACGAUUUCCUACGCCAGAAAGCGAAGCGCUUCUCUUUCCUGAAAAACACAAACCGAAACCACAGCUGCUCAUGUGGGCACUGAGAAAGCCUUUCCAGCCAUUUCAAAGAACGAGAAGUUUUCGAAUGUGAUGCUUCUGCAGGGACACUGCUUAGAGACUCUGUGGCGGUGGCUGUUUUGAAUGCGAGCAGAAGAAAGAAAAGCACGACAUACAGACUACUGAAGUGUACAUACAGAUUGUCUGACUUUUAAAAUGUUGAGCCAUUGUCAGUAUUUUUAUAAAAUUCAUGCUAUUUUUAAAGUUGUACAAAUCAAUAAAAGAUGAUGAAUCGAA